UCAGCAUUCGAACAUAUCACGCCAAGCUCGUGGCUAGGUCCGACGGGGGAAUAGCCAUGACGUCUAUCGGUGCUUACCAGACUGGUUGACCGGUGGAGAUGCGUCGACUUGGAGAUGUAUAGCACAAAAACCGAUCUAAAUGAUCAACCUCGGUACUGUGCGUGGAGCAUGGAUAUUUGUUUGUUUCGUUGUAACAUUUAGCCUCAUCUCGCUAUGUAUCUGGUGUUCCGAAGUGAUUGGGUGGACAAAACUUCUUGUACUUACUUUCUGCUACCUAGGAUACGGAGUCCCCUCUAGAUACAGAGUGGCCAUUCGACAAUCGAUGCUUGAAGCUUCAUGAACCCAGCUUUUCAGAGAUUCUACUAUCUGGAG